AAGUCUCUACAGGCAUGGCCAGACUCUACAUCUUGCACUUUAUCCUGCUGGGUGCUUUGAUUGACAAGAGCCAAGCCUGCUUCUGUGAUCAUUACCCAUGGACUCAGUGGUCCAGCUGCUCAAAAACCUGCAAUUCUGGAAUCCAGAGAAGACAGAGACAAGUAGUAGUGGACCAGUACUACUUGGAUAACUUUUGUGACCAGUUUUGCAAGCCGGAGACCAGAGAAUGUAACGUGCAAACAUGUCCUAUUAACUGCCUCCUGGGAGACUAUGGGCGGUGGUCAGAAUGUGACCCUUGUGUUGAAAGACAGUUUAAGUCUAGAUCUAUCUUGCGCCCCAGUCAAUUUGGGGGACAACCAUGUACUGAACCCCUGGUGACCUUUCAACCAUGCAUUCCAUCCAAGCUCUGCAAAAUUGAAGAGGUUGACUGCAAGAAUAAAUUCCGCUGUGACAGUGGCCGCUGCAUUGCCAGCAAGUUAGAAUGCAAUGGAGAAAAUGACUGUGGAGACAAUUCAGAUGAAAGGGACUGUGGGAGAACAAAGGUCGUCUGCCCACGGAAGUAUUAUCCCAUCCCUAGUGUGCAGCUAAUGGGCACAGGAUUUCAUUUUCUGGCAGGAGAGCCCAGAGGAGAAGUCCUUGAUAACUCUUUCACUGGAGGAAUAUGUAAAACUGUCAAAAGCAGUAGAGCAAGUAAUCCAUACCGUGUCCCGGCCAAUCUGGAAGCUGUCAGCUUCGAGGUAAGUACUGAAGAGGAUGAUUUGAAAACAGAAUUCUAUACGGAUUUAAUUUCUCUUGAAAAGGAUGACAGUAAACAAGCUGCACUUUCAAGUCAACACAGGAAAUCUUUUUCUGUACCAAUUUUCUAUUCCUCAAAAACAAGUCAAAGCACCAACCGUAUGUCUACCUUCAAACAAGCCAUUCAAGCCUCCCACAAAAAGGAUUCUAGUUUUAUUAGGAUCCAUAAAGCGAUAAAAGUCUUAAACUUUACAAUGAAGAGUAAAGAUCUACAGCUUUCUGAUGUCUUUUUGAAAGCACUUAGCCAUCUGCCUCUGGAAUACAAUUUUGCUUUGUAUAGCCGGAUAUUUGACGACUUUGGGACUCACUAUUUCACCUCUGGCUCCCUGGGUGGUGUGUAUGACCUCCUCUAUCAGUUUAGUCGUGAAGAGCUAAAGAACUCAGGUUUAACAGAGGAAGAAUCCCGAAACUGUGUCCGGACUGAAACAGUAAAACGCUAUUUUAUUUUUAAGAAGAAAACAGUGAAACACCAAUGUACAGAAAACAAGCUGUCAGAGAAAUAUGGAGGUUCGUUUUUGCAGGGAGCAGAGAAAUCCAUAUCCCUGGUUCAAGGAGGGAGGAGUGAGUACGCAGCGGCUUUGGCGUGGGAGAAAGGGAGCUCUGGGCCGGAGGAGAAGGUCUUUUCUGAGUGGUUAGAAUCAGUGAAGGAAAACCCUGCUGUGAUUGACUUCAAGCUUGCUCCCAUCAUAGACUUGGUAAGAAAUAUCCCCUGUGCAGUGACAAAACGAAACAACCUCAGGAAAGCUUUUCGAGAAUAUGCAGCCAAGUUUGACCCUUGCAAGUGCGUGCCAUGUCCUAAUAACGGCCGGCCCACGCUCUCAGGGACCCAAUGUCUGUGUGUGUGCCAGAGCGGCACCUACGGUGAGAACUGUGAGAGGCGGUCUCCGGAUUUUCAAUCUAAGGCAGUAAAUGGGAACUGGGGCUGCUGGUCUUCCUGGAGCACAUGUGAUGCUACUUAUAAGAGAUCAAGGACCCGACAAUGCAAUAACCCUACCCCCAAACAAGGGGGGAAACACUGUGAGGGGGAGAAGCAGCAAGAGGAAGACUGUACAUUUUCAAUAAUGGAAAACAGUGGACAACCAUGUAUCAGUGAUGAUGAAGAAAUGAAAGAGGUAGAUCUUCCUGAGAUAGAAUCAGAUUCAGGGUGUCCUCAGCCUGUUCCUCCAGAAAAUGGAUUUAUUCGGAAUGCAAAGAAACUGUACUCGGUUGGGGAAGAAGUUGAAAUUUUCUGCUUUACUGGAUUCAAAACUGUUGGAUACCAGUAUUUCAGAUGCUUACCAGACCAGACCUGGAGGCAAGAAGACGUGCAAUGCCAACGGAUAGGAUGCCUAAAGCCAAUUCUGCAAGAAGUCCUCACACUCACGCCCUUUGAAAGAGUAUAUAAAAUUGGUGACUCCAUUGAGCUAACCUGCCCCAAAGGCCUUGUAGUUGCUGGGCCAUCAAACUACACAUGCAGUGGGGAUUCCUGGACACCACCCAUUUCAAACUCACUCACCUGUGAGAAAGAUAUUCUAACAAAAUUACAGGGCCAUUGUCAACUGGGACAAAAACAGUCAGGAUCUGAAUGCAUUUGUAUAUCUCCAGCAGAAGACUGUAGCUCUUACUCAGAAGACCUCUGCGUGUUUGAUACAGCCUCUGGCCAUCACUUUACUUCAUCUGCUUGUGAGUUGUCGGCAGAGAAAUGUUUAAAUAACCAACAACUGCAUUUUCUACAUAUUGGUUCCUGCCAAGAUGGUCCACAGUUAGAAUGGGGUCUUGAAAGGGUAAAACUUUCAUCCGAUAGCACAAAGAAAGAAUCCUGUGGUUACGAUACCUGCUAUGACUGGGAAAAAUGUUUAGCCUCCACUUCCAAAUGUAUCUGCCUAUUGCCUUCCCAGUGCUUCAAAGGUGGAAACCAACUCUACUGCGUCACAAUGGGAUCAUCAACAAGUGAGAAAACAUUGAACAUCUGUGAAGUGGGAGCUGUAAAAUGUGCCAAGAGAAAGCUGGAAAUAUUGCAUCCUGGGAGGUGUUUGACCUAA